AAAGUGCUCGUCCUCUUUGUCUCUUCUUCUUCUACGUGGAGCAGCGGGCGUGCGGGAAGGACGGGAGGAGGCGGGAGGAGGGGGGGGGGGCCUACGGGAGAAGCGAGGAUGGAGUUCAAGCAUCUGGUGGAGGCGGCUGAGAAGUGGUGCUCCGGCAACCCCUUCGACCUCAUCUUCGCCGAGGAGGACGACGAGAGGCGGCUGGACUUCUACGCCGAGCCGGGCGUGUCUUUCUACGUGCUGUGUCCCAGUGGGACCGACACCUUCCACGUGUGGAGCGAGAGCGAGGACUGCCUACCUUUCCUCCAGCUGGCUCAGGACUACAUCUCGUCCUGCGGCAAGAAGACCCUGCUGGAGGUGCUGCAGAAGGUCUUCACGUCCUUCAGGCCUCUGCUGGGGCUCCCUGACAUGGAGGACGACACCUUUGAGCAUUACCACGCCGACAUGGAGGGGGAAGCAGGGCAGAUGGGGGUCAGCCAGCAGUGAGAAGAGGACCAACUUGCUAAGAAACAAAUCAUCUUGAAUGUUUUCGGUGGCUUUGCUUUUUAAGACGUGUUGCACUUUGUUGACCCCCUCUCCCCCUCCCCUCCUCUCCUCUCCCCUCGCACACGCAUUUUGUAUAAAAGGAUACAAAGAGGGCUACGUGAGGAUCCUAAUCAUUGACCACCUGGUUAAAGUUCCACAAUGUGACAGCUGGCUUACUUGCUAUGCAGAAUGAUUCCUCUUAUGACACAUUUCCUUAUCAUUUCUGGGGUUAGGUCACGUCAGGAGGACAGUGUUUUUCCCUGGAUGUUGCUAUCUUCCUGGUUUGGAGUGUCACAUGACCCGCUCCAUUAUCUGUGGUCUUCCUCUAGUUGUUGCCUUGCCCUUUUCCUACCUUGCAGUACAGUACACACAUGUCAGGUGACCUCAGAGGCCAACAUUUAAGGGUACGCAUGUACUCCUCCUGCGUAAAUAUUAUUUUUGCUGCCGCACCGCUUUCAACCCCUGCAAGACUUUCUCUUCAGCCUGUAAAUGUCUGUCUUCCAAUCUUCCUUCAUGCAGUGUAACUUUCUUCCCUUCCUUCUCGGACAUGUGUGCAAUUGUUCCAAUAAAGCGUGUCAACCCGC